AUGGGGCGAACGUCGAAGAAGCCGCAAUUCAACAGCCAGGAGGCCGAGGAAGAUUAUCCUGUGAGGCAUACCUCGGAGUUCGAGCAGAAGUACAUCGAGUCGCUAAUCAACCGAAAGCCAAGGAUGUCCUGGGAAGACUUCAAAGAAAAACACAAAGAGCAACUUUCAGAUCGGCUUGGGUCUGGUAUUGAGAAGGAACAAGCGGACUACCGCAGACUUCUAGAUGAGGAGCGAAAUCGCAAGGACAAAAAGUCGAAGAAGGAGAAAAAAGACAAGAAGGAGAAGAAGAGAGAGAAGAAGCGGCUCAAGCGUGAAAAGAAGGAGCAGAAGAAGAAAGCUGAGGCCAGCAGGCAUUCGCGCUCGUUCAAACUUUACAACCUUAUGGAGUGGAUACAGGGGAUCCGAAGCAGAUAG